AUGUUGAUCCAAGAGUCUCACAAGGACGUCCCGACCAAGCAUGGCGGUGACAUGCGUAUGCCUUUCCAUCUCCACACCAUCAGCCUUCUGUAGAGGCUGAUCCAUCGACAUCGAGGUAGGAAUCUUCAUCUUCCAUCCAACCAUACCAAACUAUCCCCAGGCCAAGUUCCCGGGCGUCGUCGUCUUCAGCGAGAUCUAUCAAGGUAUAGCGAAUUGUCGUCUUCUCUUUCCAAUGUCCAUUUCUCUUUCACAUCCUCGUGCCUCCAGACAACGCGAAGCCCUUGCCCCAGAAAAGAACACUUUCCCUCCAUUCGCACGUCGAUCCUGACAAACCCCGUUCCAGUGACCGGCCCCGUCCAACGCUUCGCCCGCCAAAUCGCCUCCCACGGCUACAUCGUCGCCGCCCCCUCCUCCUACCACGAAUUCACCGGCCCAGAACCCCUCGCCUACGACGGCCCGGGCACAGACGCGGGCAACGCCUGGAAAAUCGAAAAGAAAGUCUCCGCGUAUGACGAAGACGCCACCCUCUCCAUCGACCUGCUCACCUCCCUCCCAACAUGCAACGGUCGUAAGUUACCCCCAUAUCGAUCCCUUCCUUCCCCCAUCAUAUCAACCCACAAUACUCAAACUCAUCCUCUCUCUCUCUCUCUCUCUCUUCCAGGCAUCGGAGCGACGGGCAUGUGUCUCGGCGGACAUCUCGCUUUCCGCGCCGCUUUCGACAAGCGCGUUCGUGCGGCCGUCUGCUACUUCGCCACCGACAUCCACAGCCACACCCUCGGACACGGCAAGACGGACGACUCCCUCGAUCGCGUGAAGGAUAUCAAAGGCGAGCUGGUGUUGAUUUUCGGGAAGCGGGAUACGCACGUCCCACCGGAGGGAAGGGAUCUGAUUCGCAAGACUCUGCACGAUGCGGGGAUUGUCUUUUCCUUCUAUGAGCCGGCUUGGGCUCAGCAUGCUUUUAUCCGCGAUGAGCUGAGUAAGGGGCGGUAUGACCCUGCCUUGAGUGGGAUCUGUUUUCAGAUGUUGCUGGAGUUGUUUGGGAGAAGUCUGAAUGGCGAUCUGGGACCGAUGGUGAGUGAGACGGGAGAGGUGGAGGACGUGUGCUAG